AUGUCCACCGCAUCUACACCGCGGUCGACGCGUUCCGCGUCACCAGAGAAUUCGCCCAACAUGCUCACCCCGGGCCAAAAAAUCAAGGCCAUGAUGGCCCAAUUUGGCAGUGACUCAGAAUCAGACUCGGAAAUCACUCGCCCAAAGAACAAGGUCUCGAAGCUGGACUUCGGGUCUAAGAAUACCACUUCCACCGAGACAAAAUUAAAUCAAUUGAACGACAGCUCCGAUGACGAGGACGAUAUUGUUCAACCUAAAGGCCGGAUGGCAGCCCGUAUGCAGGGUGAUGCACGUCAACUGGACGGGAAGGAAGACUCGGCGUUUGCUCGACUGUCCAAGACUCUCCGGACGGAGAGGGAACAAGCCGAAAAAUCCAAAACAGAGAAGGAGAGCACCACAUCUGAACCCGAAGUCGAAGCCGAAUCUAGCGAGGACGGCCUCCCUGCUGCUGCACCUAGGAGGAGGAAGAACAGUGCACCUAAACGACACUCUCCAGGUGCCGGAGACCGGUCUCGGAACUCAACACCCCGCGCUCGUUCAUAUUCACCACUGUUCGUUUCCUCGCCAGCUGCUGAUGAGCAAGACCACAGUGACGAUGCGGAUGGGGAGAUUGAACAAACCGUUAAAGGAAAUGCAAGGUUUCUUGCUCUCGUCGCUCAAAAACGCAAGGAGCGCGAGGAGCGGGAGAAGAUCGAAGAGGAAAAGAAGGCCGCUAGAAAAGCCCAAAUGGAGAAAUUCAGCUCCGAUAUGGUAUCGGGAGAGGAAAGCGAAGCUGAGAACCCAAUAUCAGCACAUAAGCUUUCUCAGAAGGCCCGUCAACCUCGGAAGGCCAGUAAGAAAGCUUUGGAUGAAAUGAGACAGGAGACUCAACGGAUGAGCCGAAAUAUGCAACUUGCCCACCAGGCCCAGACCAAGAAGAAGAUUACUAAGGAGAGUUUCUUCGCCAAAUUCGGCUUUGGACAGGCUGAAGCUCCUGUUGCGGAGCACGCGCAGGCAAAUUCUUCAUCGACCGCUGGCUCGCAGCAAUCAUCUGAUGCGGAGGUGCAUAAGAGACGCGAUACACCUCAUACUUCCCCUCUCCGCGACCCGUCUGGCUCAGAGAAGCCGUCUGAUGUUGCUACAGCUCGGGAACAAUCUGAGUCUAAUGGAACAGAGGAACUUACUUCUACUGCUGGCCCGCCGGCCGUGGAGAAAGUUCCUGCUCCCGAGGAGUUGGGCGCACCGAAAGAGCCUAUUGUCCUACCCACCCACCCCGCGACAAAAAAGGAACCCUUUAAGCUUACUAGACCACCUGUCCGGGUUCUCAUGUCGAGACAAGAAAUCGCUCAACGCCAAUUAGAGGACUCAGAUAGCGACGACCUUGAGGUGGUCACUUCAGCUGCCAAAUCCCGUGGCAUUGCUGCCUUUGAGAAUCUCCCAGCACAAAGAAUGCAGGAAUCCGCCUCCAUGAUCAAACUUAAAGCUUUGGCUCACUUGACAUCCCCGACUCGCAAAUCAACAUCCAUGACCUCUUCAGAACUCUCCGCCGAUCUAUUAUUUAGAGCACGUCAACAAGCAGCCAAAGAGCGACAGGAGCGUAUUGAAGAACUCAGGGCCAAGGGUGUGGUAAUUGAGACCGCUGAAGAGCGUGCAGCCAUGGAGGAUGAUAUGGAGGACUUAGUGGAGAAGGCUCGUCGGGAAGCUGACGAGAUCAAACGACUGGAAAGAGCGGCCAAGAAGAAUGGGGAUGAUCCCAAUGAUGAGGAUGAUGAUGACUACGAAUUAUCUGGCUCUGAAGAUGAGGCACAAGAGUCUGGCGAUGAAGAUGAGGACGCUCGGAGUUUUAAUGGCAACGAGGGUCUCAUUGAACAAGAAGCAGGAGAUGGGGAUGAGUCUUCUGAUGGAGAGAGUGAGGCCUUGCCCUCUGACGUUGAUGAGCAAGUCCCUGAAACACGGCGCAAGCGACCGACCCGCGUGGUAAGCGAUGACGAGGACGAAGAAGAGGCCCAACAGCAGGUGCCAUCUACACCCGUCCGAGCACCAUCGAAUGUAGCCCAGUCCGCAGAGCGUCCUCGUUUUCUAGGCAUAGAUUCUCCCAUCAUGUCCAUGGGUCUCACCCAGGCAUUCGCUGGCACAUUGGCAGAUGACGAUGACGGUACAAGCCAGCCUGCUUCCGCCACACUCCCAUUCUCGCUUCCAGACCCGGGCCAGCCUGUGCCUAGACUUCGUCAAGAGGAUUCCGAGAUUCUUGUUCGAGACAGCCAAGAACAGCAUGAUGAGCCUGACUUCAUGACCAAUUAUCACCAGAAUGUCACUCGCGUAUCAGAAUCCCCAGCCGGACCAGCGUUCUCCCAGUACUCGCAGCUACCUGAUCCCACCCAAGAUGAAGGGUUUGUGUUCUCUCCGUUUGACCCGAACAAGCGAUUCAGAGGAACCCCUCCAGUCUCGACUGUGGAUACUGUCAUUGUGGGCCAAAGCCAGUCGCCCAUUGUUGAACGAAAGAGCAGACAGCUUCGACGCGGACGUGCGGCUGACUUGUCAAUGGUGGUGGAAGAGGAGGAGGAGGAAGAGGAAGAGGAAGAAUCCAACAAAAAGGGGUUUGAGAUCGACCCCAAUGCUUUCAAUAUCAUGAAGAAGGCAGCGAAGAAACCGACUGUUGCAUACGAUAAGAAGAACAGCAAGGCAAAGAAUGUCGUUGAUGAGGCUGCCGAGGAAUCUGAGGAUGAAUAUGCCGGUCUUGGUGGCGCUAGCGAUGACAGCGAUGACGAGGAAAAUGCGUAUGACAAGCAAAUGAUCAACGACAAUAGUGGUGAGACCGUUGACGAGAAAGAGCUUGCUGCGCUCAAUGCUGUCCAUGACCGUAACCGCGACGAAAAGGAUGUUGCCAAGUUGCUGAAAGAUAUCACUACUGGGGCUCUGCGCCGUCGCCGUGGAGGAGGCGAUGAUGAAUUUGACCUGGAUGACUCAGACGAUGAACAUCAAGCACGUCGGCGCGAGAAGCAGCGCGAGUUUGCAAAGAUGCGCAAAGCUCUACUCGCUGAUGAUAAGAUCGGUGAACUCGCAGAAAACCCUAAGAAAGCAGCAUUCUUCAGAGCCCUUGAAGAUCGCGACGUCGAGGAUGAUUUCGAGCUGGAGUUCCUAGAAGAGAAAGACAGCAGUUCCCAAAAUGACUCUCAAGGCAUGACCACUGAGGGACAGGAAGAUGAUCCAGCAAAGGACAACAAUAAACGCAAGCGGCCCCUCGAGCCAUCUGCUGUAGAUGUUGCAAAUCGCCCUCCGCCCAAUCUCCGUCGUACUCCUGCCAGCGCCAUGUCAAAGAAGCCCGCUACAUUGGCUGAGAUCCGCGAGAGUCUCUCUUUCUUAACCGAGACACCAGAGUACGACUCCUUCCACGAGGAUGCCUCUGUUGAUGAGGACGAGCCCACCGAGGGAGACGACUCCAACGCAUCCGGUGCCGACGAAGCAGCUCAUUCGGACGACGCAAACUCACAAUCCAGGGAAGAGUUCGCGAAGCCCAGCCACCCGCGCCGUACUCGCGGACCUGUUGUUGAUCGCCUCGCUCUUCUCCGCCAAGCCUCCUCCAACUCUGCCACCGUAACCACGGGAUCCGGCAGCUCGAAGCUUGCAUUCCAGACUGGUGGCAACAGUGACGGCCCCAUUGGCUUCCGACCCCCAAAACUCCUGCAUCGUAUUUCUACAGGCUCAUCCACAUCUUCCAACUCAUCAACUACGUCUAGCCGUGUUUCUAAACCAGCUGCGUCUGGUCCUAAGAAGGGUGGCGCGGUCAACUCUUACACUGCUGCGCGUGAGAAGGAGCGUGAGAGACAACUCCGUGUGAAACAGCGUAAUGGCAGCUCUAAUGUUACGAAGCUGUUGAAUAAGCAUGCUGGUGGAGGAUUGGGUGCGCUGGCUGGAAAGGGUCAGUGGGAUUAA